AUGCCGUUCCCGUACAAGAAAGUGGUCGUCGUCGGAGCGACGAGUGGCAUUGGCGAGGCGCUGGCCAAACGACUAGUCGAGGAUGGCUCCUCUGUGGUCGCUGUUGGCCGGCGCAAGGAGAACCUCGAGGCGCUCGUCCAGCAGUAUGGCCACGAAAAGGUCCAGGCCGUGCCCUUCGACAUUACCAAUCUCGCAUCCAUCCCAAACUUUGCCACAAACAUCACCCACGCUCACCCCGAUGUUGACUGUAUCAUUUUGAAUUCGGGCAUUCAGAGGAAGUCGGACUUUAGGAACCCUGGUUCCAUCGAUGUGGAUGUCCUCAAUCUCGAAUUCACCACCAAUUACCUUUCUCAGCUCGCACUGACCAAGGCUUUCUUACCAGAUCUGCAGAAAAAGGAUGCAGAGAGUGCCUUGAUAUUUGUCACGUCACAACUCGCUCUGGUGCCAAUGCCUAUAUGUGCAAAUUAUUGUGCUUCCAAGGCGGCCUUGCAUCAAUUUAUCCUCUGCCUGCGCCAACAAUUGAAGGGCUCCAACAUCAAGGUGGUCGAACUGAUGCCACCUGCGGUGCAGACGGAGCUCCAUGACGAAAAGCACCAACCGCAUAUCAAGAACGGCAGAUCGAUUGGAAUGCCCCUUGACGAGUUCGCGGAGAAGGCAUAUGCUGGAUUGGCUAGUGGACGGGAGCAGGUGCCCAUUGGCACUGCAGAGCGAGCGUUCGACGCUUUAGAGCCCAGACGACAGGACAUGUUUACACAACUGAUGAAAGCCAUGAGUUCGAUACCACAGAUGACAAACGGGGCUGUCCAAUUGUGA